AUGGACGCGCCGGAUCAAGUUGUGGAUAGCGGGGGUGGCGCAGUGUUUCAAGGCGAUGUCACGGCAGGCAGAGACAUUACAAUCAACCACAUCACCGAGAUACGACAGGUCACCGAGCGAUUGAGCAGUCGUUCCACUUCGGCGGAUAUCUCGGAAAAGACACUUGGUAGCUUAGAAGCUCUGUGUGGAGCUGCGGAGUUCACCGAGGAGUACGCGAAAGAAUUGAAGGUCGGGGUGUUCGCCAGCGAUCUUCCGCUCGAACGGAUAACGCGAGAAUGCGCUUCUAUCUUAACCGAGCUCAAGCGACUGGAGAGUCUUCUAGGACGUGAUGGAGAUGGCGGCGACGUAUUCACCGCAUCGCUUAACGAGGAUGUUGUGGAUAUAAGAUCAAGGCUCAUGAGUCUGCAGAUGCACCUCAGCAAUAUGAAUAGCAGGAAGACCGCAAAGGACUUUGAAACUAUCAAGGAAGCAGUGACACGACUUAUGAAUAGCCAAUCGAGUUCGGACGAAGCUUCCUCGAUUCGCACCUUCUAUACUGCUUCAGCGAUCCCCUAUGUCGAGCGACAGAUGUGGCAAGAAGUCCAGAAUGCUUUGUGCGCACGCUUUACGACUGACUUUGUGCGAGACAACUAUGCUUUGAUCGUCGCUUCCGUGGAAGAGCUUGUCUUUGAGAACACGUCUUCGUGGAUUGCACAUGGACCUCAGUCGGAUGAUUUGCCUUCAAAAGCGCCCAAGGCUCGAGCUGCAGGCACAGAUUUAUGUCUAUCUGAAAAGUUCAACGUUGCUACAUCACACAUCAAGGGAGCCGAUGUCGCUGUGCAAGACCAAUCUUUGAGCGUAGAGGACGGUGCUGACGACGACGCCUCCAUAAGUCCGAUAUACAACAACGGGAUAGAUCCGACGGGUGUUCGAUGGUCAGAGUUGGUCGAAGGUGGAUCUGGUGAGUGUCUGCUUACACUAGACGGUGGCGGUGUCAAGUCGUACUCAAGCAUCCUGAUCAUUGAAGCACUUAUGGAAGAGAUUGUAGCUUGUGAGAAUCUUUUCGAGCUGGAGUUCACGCACUAUCCCAGAACAUUCAGCGCUUCCUACUUUCGCCCAUGUCAUUACUUUCACAAGGUGUAUGGCACAUCGACAGGAGGAAUAUUAGCCAUUGCGUUAAGUCGACUUCGGAUGAGCGUAACUCAAACGAUCAAAGCUUUUGAAUCUGUCCUAACCGCAAUGUACGGAAGUCCUGCAAAGUUAAACCCUCUUGCUACGAAAUACAACCAUUCGGGUCUAGAGGCCACUCUCCAUUGGAUGGUUCAGCAGUACUGCAAGCAGCACGACCAGGAAUCAUGUAACCACGAAGAAAAUUUUAGGUGGCCUUUGGCGGGUAUCCCUAUAGAGGGAGAUGAUGAAGGGUUAGUCGAUCCGUACGAAUCGGAUGGCUCAGGCGGUCCAGAUCCUCGCCUCGAUGACUUUAUCAGAAGGCAACAAGAGCGCCGUCGUUCGGAGCGCCGUGGCCUUGAAUAUCACGUUUGCCAAACAAUUUGCUUAACAACUGUACACAACGGGCAGAUAGACGAAGCACGUUUGCUGCGCACAUACAACCAUGUCUACGACUACGACAUUGCUCCCCCAUGGGUCACAUAUUACAACCAGUAUAGCCCCGACCUUACCAUUCCGCAAGUCGGUCGAGCAACUACGGCUGCACCCUUAUUCUUCAAGGUCUUGGAAGUAAACGAUCCUCGGGGUAAUGUGGCUUUCAAAGAUGGUGGUAUACGAGAGAACAACCCCAGCUACUGUGCUUAUUCAGAAGCCUGCUCACUUCGUGGAGACGAGCUAGAGCCGUCUCUUCUAUUGUCUAUUGGCGCGGGCCUGACUAGCUUUGAUUCGGACGAGGCCCUAUCAGAAAUCACGCCAUUCGGUCUGCCUGCUCUGACCAAAUGGGCGAAGAAACGAGCUGUGUUCAAAGAUAUCCUGAUCAAAUACGCAGAAGGUCAAGACCGGCACAGAAUGAUGCGCACCAUCGCUAAGGGUGGUCAUACAUGGUACAAACGUUUCGAUGUCACACACGGCUUAGAGACCAUCCGAAUAGACCAAGGGGAAGGCAGAAGUCUGUGGAAGACGUUGAACACUGCAUACGCAGCUACCCAAGCGUAUUUGAACCGCCGAGAACGGGACGUAGGUGCGAGUGAAUACGAUACUCCAGGUCGGAUGCUGCAGCAGACUGCGGAAAAGUUGGUACGUAUGCGUAGGGCACGGGAGCUCGAGGCUAUGACUGAAGGUGGGAAGAAGCGAGAGCAAUGGGAAGCUUUCAUGGGCAAGCACCUCCCAGGCGAGCGCGAAUUCUACCGCAAGUAUCAAGAAGAGUGGGACUUUGCCCUACUAGGCCGCAAACAAUAG